GGGCGGUAACCUCCUCUCGGCAGCUGGCGCGCAUUGAAGCGCGGGAACCGCUCGCGCUUCCCGAUGGAGGCAGAAGCAGGUGUCAGAAGGUACGAAACAAGAAACAAGACAGCAGGAACUGAACUGUCAGCCAAAUCCCGCGUGGACUGGAGACGCACUAAAAGGGAGCUCAUACUGCUUGACAGCGAUGACGAAUCCUCGAUUACCUCAGAGGAGGAAGAGUCCACCGAAUCUACCGUAUCAGAAGAUGGAGUGGGUGAAAAAGACAAAACUUUACUGAAGAAUGACAUUUUGGAUCAGGAAGAGAAAAUCCACAGUGGGGAAAUAACAGAUGAUGAAUGCGUUAUGCCUGGGAAGCGUAAGAGGUUGAACAGCUCGGUACUGCACGACAGUGAUGAAAGCGAGGACAGUGAUAUCCUUGUUAGGAAAGUUUUUGCCAAACGCCACUGUGUAAUUAAUGAAGAUGAGAGUUCCCAAGAACAGCAGCCUGAUAAAACCUGCCCUACAGAAAAUGUUUCUCCUAAUAGGAAGCAGAAAGUAUUGGCAAAACUGAAAGGUCUUGCAAGACAAAGAGCAUCUCGGACAUCCUGUGGGAGUGAAAAUUAUGAGGAUACCAAUAGUGAAACAGAAAUAGAAGAGGAACCGUUCUGUUACCUCACACCAACAGAAGAAAGUGAAAGUGACAGUGAUAGCCUGAAAGACUUUAUAGUUGACGAUGAGGAAGAAGAAGGUGGUGAUGACGACACAGAGCAAGUAAAGAGUGAAAAAAAGCAACAAAAAGAACUAAAUACAUCAAAUAGUGAAUUGCUGGCAUGCUACAUCCCACAGUUAUCUCGCUGUAGUCCUUAUGUACACUUCCAAAGAAUAGUAAAGGCUUUUCUCAUAAAUGCAAUUGAUGACACUUUCCUGAACUCAUUGUAUGAUGGAACAAGACAAAAGAAGUAUGCACAAGAUAUGUUGCUCUCCCUUCAUUAUUUGGAUGACCGCUUCAUUCAGCCUCGUCUUGACAACUUAAUCUCUAGAAGUCGCUGGAAAGAUCGGUACAAGGAGCGUGUGGAUUGUUACCCAAAUGUUCGCAUAAUCUUGAAAAAUCCAACACAUAAGUUUUGUCAGGCCUGUGGAAUGAAUCGGUAUUGUAAGUUUAAUGUGCUACUGUCUGGAAAGCUUUAUAAUAGCAGAACCUUGGAAGCAGAUGACUUCAUGUCAGAUGACAAACAGGUUUUGAAGGUUGGCGUAGUAUGUGCUGAUCGUACAAGAAUUUACCAUAAUUUGAAGCACUUCAAAUACAAGUUGUAUGUGGAUUGCAGUUCCAUUACCAAGUUGGAUGGUGUUGAGGAUGAACCAGUUAAAGACACAGUCGAACGGCUUUUCAGUCACCUGGAAGACAUGGGGUGGAUUCAGAAGGUAUGGCUGAGUUAGUUGAUUUUAACCAUUCAUCCGCUUCUGCUGGUCGAGUCUCUCAAACGAGAUACAAUGAUCUUGAAAACUACAUGAAUGAUGCAGACAAUUUCCAAGAAGAAAAAAUGGAUUAAGUGGUCAUAUAGCUCUUUGAAAGACGUCUUGUAAAGAACUGAAUGACCUGUUUUAUCUGCGUGCACUUUAUCUCUGCCUGGUCUUCAGUAUUCCUUUUAGGCUGUAUUAUGCUUAAAUCCACAUGUCUGUAAACCAUUGUGUAAGAAUAUGCUGUAUCUUCUUUUCAUCUGUGUAAAUAAUAACCUGAAGUUUUACAAAAUGGAUCUUUACAGGUCACUCUAAGUUUCCUCUUACUCUUAAGUAAACAGAUACUGAGAUGUUAUUUUUGUGGAAUAAAACUUCUGCCUACCUAUGCUGAGCUGCAUCGGGGGAAAGUGGGAGAUGCUGAGACCUUUGGAGGUAGAGAUAUUUGAAAAGAUGAGACUAUGUUACACAAGAACGUAUGACUUGCAUUGUACCUUCCUUAUAAAUUUGCAAGCCUGUCCAAUCAUUUAGAAUGAUAGUUAUGAUGAAAAGCACCCAAAUGCAAAGACUUAUUUCCGCUCUGAGGUAUCACUAUAGACUGUUGCAAGGCAACAGAGGAACUAUUCUGCAGUUCUGACUACAUUUGCAGCACAAUAGUCAUUCCCCUCUUUAGAGACUAGGUGAUGAGUCACUUCAUAGGCCUCAUACAGGCUGAGUCUGGCUAAGCCAUCUAAACGAACACUUGGGCCCACAGUGCUGUCUCUGAUACACAACUGAGACAACUUACUGAGAUUUCAAAUGUCAAAUUAUAUUGUACAAACAUAAUGGCAACUACUUGCAGUAACUAAACAAUUAAGAGAAUGGAUUAGUGCGGCCAUGCCAGCUAAGCGAGAAUUCUUCCAGCAUAAUCUGACAACAGAAAGCAGGAGUUAGUCAGAAUCAUGAUGCAUGGCUUACCAUGGGGCAUGGGGCAUAGAUUUUUGAAGAGCUGGGUAGGGUUAAGUGAUGUAUUGUUUGUUCUGUCCCUUUACUUUGUGCUGCAUAUAAAAUUAAUUAGAUGUAGCCUAAGAGAAGGUGCUUGGGGUGCACAGGGUUUUGAAUCCAGCUAGGGACUGUUCUUACAUCCUUCUGUAUGCACAUACUCUUAAUAGUCUUUUUGUGCCUAAACAGCUUGGUAAAAUGGACAAUACUGCUAACCCUCCAGAUUUUUUUAACAAGUUGCUUUCUCACAAGUGAAACUAAUGGAACCUAAUUUUUCAGGUAUUUGUCCAUCAGAACUCCUCGUGCUUGAUAUGCCACUUUACUGGUAACAUGCUGAUUGGGUAGGCAACUACUGCCACGUGUGCCAUGUCAUGGUCAGAAUCUGUUGGCUUUUUUUCUAUACAAACUGUAACUUAAAUUUGUCAUUUAGUGGCUUUUUUUCCAGCAUAAAUUGUAAGUAAUGAAGUACUUCCAUAUCUCAAGGUGUUGAAAUUCAGCAGUGGGUUUAUAUGGUGGUAGAAUGAGCCGAUGUUGUCAGUUCUCUAUCAUACCUUGUUAUUAACAAGAUUUACAAACCAUGAUGAAAAAUCCCAGUAAAAAGGAUGAGAUUUACACUCAAGUAAACUUAUAAUUGAAGACAUUAUUUUCAUACCUUAACUGUCAGUUAAAUAUGUAAAUAUUCUGAGAUUUUAUAUAUCAUAUUUAUCUCCCUGGUUACCAGAGCUGAAGAAACUCGUGCUUUCUAUUCUCUUUCCUUGUCCAUCCCUGUUAUUCUGGGACUGUUGGUGGGAACACACCCAUCAACUUAAAAUUACUGAGAAAUAGUUAUGUGCACUGGCAUGUCCCUUUUAGGAAAAUCAAUGCCAGUUGAAAACCUGACUUCUUUCUGAUAAUGAAAUCUCUGUACACAUUAGUUGGUAUCUCUAAAAUAAUAUUUGUUUGGUGUAACAUAUUCUCAUGAAGGAAAAAUGUUUUGAAAUUAAUGGGGUUUGUACCACUUAAUGGUGUGCGCUUUCGCAGACUGUUCAGAAUAGUCUUAAAUCCUGCUGCCGUCUGAAUUUUCUGAAAGCUCUAGAAAAUGAUUUUUAUGUUAAAAAAAAAAAA